GUAUUCUGUAGAUCGACACACUGAUAUGGACAGAGUAUUCAACAUCAAUUCAGGAAAUGGUUCGAUAUUUACUUCAAAAACCCUUGACCGGGAAACACUGCUAUGGCACAAUAUUACAGUAAUAGCAGCAGAGAUCAACAACCCAAAACAAAGCAGCCGUGUCCCAGUGUUCAUUAAGGUUUUGGAUGUAAAUGACAAUGCUCCAGAGUUUGCCAUGUUUUACGAGACUUUCGUCUGUGAAAAUGCAAAGGCAGAACAGCUGAUACAAACAUUAAGUGCUGUUGAUAAAGAUGACUCUUACAGUGGACAUCAGUUUUCAUUCUCCUUAGCUCCCGAGGCAGCCAGCAGCUCAAACUUUACACUACAGGACAACAGAGACAACACAGCAGGGAUUUUCACCCGAAAAACCAGAUAUAACCGGCAUGAAAUGAGUACCUACUUCUUGCCAGUGGUAAUAUCAGACAAUGACUACCCUAUCCAGAGCAGCACUGAAACGGUGACUAUUCGAGUGUGUGCUUGUGACCAUCGAGGAAAGAUGCUGUCCUGUAAUGCAGAAGCCUUGAUUCAUCCCACUGGUCUUAGCACUGGGGCUCUUAUUGCCAUUCUUCUCUGUAUCAUUAUAUUACUUGUUACAGUGGUGCUGUUUGCAGCACUGAGACGGCAGCGGAAAAAAGAGCCUUUGAUUAUUUCCAAAGAAGACAUCAGAGACAACAUUGUCAGUUAUAAUGAUGAAGGUGGUGGAGAGGAAGACACCCAGGCGUUUGAUAUCGGCACACUGAGGAAUCCUGAAGCCAUAGACGAUAAUAAAUUACGCAGAGAUAUCGUGCCGGAAACACUUUUUAUGCCACGGCGGACUGCAACAGCGCGAGAUAACACGGAUGUCAGAGAUUUCAUUAACCAAAGGUUAAAGGAAAACGAUACAGAUCCAACGGCACCCCCCUAUGACUCGUUAGCAACCUACGCGUACGAAGGUAAUGGUUCCGUGGCUGAGUCCCUCAGCUCCUUGGAGUCGGUGACUACGGACGGAGAUCAGGACUACGAUUACCUCAGUGACUGGGGGCCUCGGUUUAAAAAGCUGGCAGAUAUGUAUGGCACUAUGGACAGUGACAAAGACUCUUAAUAUGUUGCCUUUUUUUUGGUUCAUUUUUGUUUCCCUUCCUCAUUUUCAGAAACAGCAUUGGGAUAUGUGAAGUGGCUAUUUCUUUCUAUUUCUCCACAGCUGUGUGAAAGGGUUCUCUGUUUUACCCCUUCUAAUUGUCUAAUGACUGCAGUCUGUGUGGAUCAGCUGUCAGAAAACUUUUUCUAGUAUCAUUUUAUGAGCUUCCAAGAGGCAAAAUUCUUAUUUUUUAGUGCAUCCAGUUUACCAAGCCAAUCUUACAGGCACGGCAGUAGUGGAGGGGAAAAAAAAAAAGGAUGAGAUGGGGAGCAAUAUUUUUACUUGUUCUGCUUAUACUGUAAAUUGGAGUAUAUUACUGUUUAAGCUCACUUGCUCUUUUUACUUGUAUUCAGACUAUUCAGCUCAGACGAUUGCUCUGUUGAUUGUGUAUCGCACAUCCCAAUGUAAUGAGGUACCCUAGUUUACCCUAUGUAUUAUAGUCAAAAGUAGUGGUGGUGGAAUGAAGGUUUAUUAUACGACUAAGCUGAGAAAAAACAUCAAACAUGCAUUUUACUCAUGAGGAG